AUGCUGUCCAGCCUGAUGGAGUGGCUAUGGCAGGAGAGGUUUUGGUUGCCACCUAACAACACGUGGGCCCAGCUGGAGGACCGUGAUGGCCUGGUGUUUGCCCACCCUCGGCACAUGCUGGCGGCCCUGCCCCUGGCGCUGGUCCUGGUGGCCGUGCGCCUCACCUUUGAGAGAUUUGUGGCCCUGCCCCUGAGCCGGUGGAUGGGAGUGCGGGAUCAGAUCAGAAGGCACGCUAAUCCCAAUGCCACGCUGGAAAAGUACUUCCUCAGAACAGGGAGGAGACCCACAGAGACCCAGAUGGCCCUCCUGGCCGCUCAGUGCGGGCUCACCCUGCGUCAGACUCAAUGCUGGUUCCGGAGACGACGGAACCAAGAAAGGCCCCGCCUGUCCAAGAAAUUCUGUGAGGCCAGCUGGAAGUUUGUCUUCUACCUGUGUUCUUUCACUGGUGGCAUUUCCAUCCUCUACCACGCGUCAUGGAUGUGGAAUGAGAAAAAAUGCUGGGAAAAUCACCCAAACCAGACCCUGCAGCCAGAACUGUACUGGUGGUACCUUCUGGAACUGAGUUUCUACAUUUCCCUGCUAAUCACACUGCCCUUUGACAUCAAACGCAAGGAUUUCAAGGAGCAGGUGAUCCAUCACUUCGUGACAAUUACCCUGAUAUCCUUCUCCUACUGCUCCAACCUGCUGCGCAUAGGCACCCUGGUGCUGCUGCUGCAUGACUCCGCUGACUACCUGCUGGAGGUCGGUAAGAUGCUCAGCUAUGCAGGCUUUGGGUCAGCGUGCACUGCUCUCUUCUUUGUCUUCUCUUCGGUCUUCUUCUACACCCGCCUCAUAAUCUUCCCCACGAAGAUCCUCUACACUACGUUGUUCGACUCUGUCGAGAACAGCGGCCCCUUCUUUGGCUACUACUUCUUCAAUACGCUUCUGAUAAUGCUGCAGGUGUUACAUGUGUAUUGGUUCUGCCUCAUUUUGCGCAUGAUCUACAACGUCCUGAGGAAGGGUCAGCUGGGAAAGGACGUCCGCAGUGAUGAGGAAGAAUCUGACUACAGCGAUGAUGAGGUGGCACGCAAAGGUCCACAGCUGAAGAAUGGGGUGACUCAAGGGCCUGGGGCUGUCCCCAGUAAUGGCCCCCGGAGCCGGGCAGCUGGGCGGCUGGCCAAUGGGCACAUCCCAACCACAUAACCAGCAUGAAGACUGGCCAUGAGGGGUUGUGCUCAGCACUUGCACUCUCUGUGGGUGGCUGGAGCAGAGACCCUUGCUUGGGCCAACUUGGCAGAGACUGGGAGGGCCCUGCCCAUCAGUGGGAGGGCUGAUGAUCUGUCUCUAGCCCCUUCCCUCUGCUCACCCUCCUUCCAUUCCUCUGGUCAACUGGACAGAGUCUCCAGAGGUAACAGGACUCUAGACACCACAUCACUACCACCAAUGGCCCUGCCCCAACAUCCAAUAAAACUAGAACGGACCUGAA